AUGGCUGCCUCGUUGAGCCCCUCCAAUGGUGUCGCAGGGCCCCUUGAAGAGAUACGUGGUAACGACGAAUGGGCUGAUGAAGAUGACGAUAGCGAAGAGGACGAGGACGAGGACGAGGGAGAUGAAAGCUCCGAAGAGACAGAGGAUGGAGAUGCAGUGGAUAUAGACGGACCUGCAGGCGACUCGAAUGCCGAGGCAGCCAUCGAGGGCGAUUUCGAUCGCCUGGUACAGGGAAUACGCCAGUCCGGAGGAGGAGCCAACGCCGGACUGUUGACGAAAAUGUGGGACUUCAAUCUGGAAGAGAAAGAGGCCGAGUUUCGCGACGACCUGCGCGAUGCGUCUGGCGUCGGCCGUAGCCGCAAAGGGAAGAAGGGUCAUUCGAAGCGUGGGCGGAGAGCGGGCCCUGUGCUGUCUCAGCAAGUGCGGGCACUGAUAGGCGAAGGCAACCAAGCCUAUGUAGAUGGCGACGUCCAGGAGACACUGCGCAUUAUGCAGGAGGUCAUCCGCAUUGAACCCCGCGCAGCGCAGGCCUGGUCCGUGCUUGCGCAAUGCUACGCGGACAUGAACGAGCCUCAGAAGGCGCUGCAACUGCGCAUAAUGGCGGCCCACCUCAUGCACGACGCGGAGGAGUGGGAGCGUCUGGCGAAGCAGUCUGUUGAGCUUGGCUACAAUCAACAAGCACUGUACUGCUACGGCAAGGUCUACAGCCUGGAUCCUUCCAACCUCAAUGCGCUGUGGGACCGCGCGACCCUAGCCAAGGAGAUAGGUGAAUUGAAGACGGCUCGGAACACCUUCCUCGCCAUCCUUAAACGCCUCCCUCACAAUUUGACCGUCCUCGACGAGCUCCGGCCCAUCCUCAUCGAGCUCUCAGACUUCGACCUCUGUGCUAACCUCUUUUCUGACGCCUUCGCGCACUACUACGCGAUGUUCCCAACGGGCGUCGGGCUGGACCCCGACAGCGAGCAGGAGGUGCCCGGUGGGGGGUUCGGGAUGAUGCACAUUCUCGUCCUCGCGGACCUGCACAACUCGCUCGGGCAGUACGAUAGGGCAAUCGAGGCGAUCCGGAAGGGGUGCAGGUGGCUGCAGAGCCGGGCUCAGCAGAAGUUCUGGGACGUGUGCGAGGACGACCGGGAGUACUACGUGGGUGCCGAGGGCACGCGCGGUGGGGAGGGAGAGCUCCAGGCCGGCAAUUAUCCUCUGGACGUGAAUGCGAGACACCGACUGGCCGUCGCGCGCAUCAAAAUGGGGGACGUUGAGGAAGGCAAGAAACACGCAGAUCUCAUACUUGCGCAGGAUGUGUUGGAGUAUGCACCACUCUUCACUGAGAUUGGGGAUGCGUAUUUCGAGCGCGAGAUGUAUCCAGAGGCUCGACACAUCUACGAGAUACUCGGAGGAGAUGCUGGGACUAGUAGUUUUUACGUCCUUCUACAAGCGGCUGCUUGCCGCCGAAUGGUCGGAGAUAUCAGAGAAGCGGCCGAGGUGUACGAGCAUGUCAUUGCAGCCGAUCCCACGCACAACGAAGCUAAAAUGAAACUUGCGGAGAUUUACGAGAUCCUCAACGAACCGCGAAAGGCCCUGGAGUUGGUGUUUCAAGUCAUGGACUCCCGCAGGAGACGCCCACGCCAAGGUACGGCCGAUGGCACUGAUGACGCAAACACAACCUCGCUCUUCGAAGAGAAAGCUCGUGUCAAAGGAAAAUUGGCCUCUGCCAAAGCGAACAAACUCAGCGCAGCACAGCUCAGGGAGCUGGAGGUCCAAAAGGAGCGGGAGGUGACACAGGGCUUCCGUAGGGUCAAGGAGCUCUGGCCGCGCAUGCUGGCUGGCGAGGAAGAGGCAGAAAGGGAAUGGCUCGUCGAAGCGGAGAAGCUGAUAGAGUCUUUCAGGGAGACGAGGAACCUCUUCCAGACUAGCCGGCACCAAGGCUUCCGUGGCAUGUUCCCCAGAAGCUCGAGGAGGCAAACUGCGGAAGCGAGCGAGGAAAGCAUGGCGUCUCGCCUGCAGCUUGAGCUAGGCCGCGAUACUAUCGCGCGUAAAGCUAGGGGAGAUGGCAUCAACACGGGCGGCCUUGACACAUUCCGCACAAUAUCUUUCGAUGAAUGGCUGCGGUUGUUCCUCCAUUAUACAUUCUUGCUCACCAGACGUGGCCAGUAUAAUUUGGCGCAGGAGGUCUUGCGCCACAUUUUGUACUCAAGCGCAUACCAAAGUCGCCUCGCCCAAGAUUCCAUACGUCUGGCGUUGAUGACUUGCGCCAUUCAUGUCGGGCAAUUCCCGACGGCAGUCGAGCAGUCACGGAAACUUAUCAAUGCCUAUCAGUUCAACAACGAGCCCCUCAGGAUUCUCGUGGCAUCAUUGGGAAGUGGAUUGCGUGCCACAGAUGCAUUCCUCGCAUCAACGCUCUCUAAACACCUGUUGCGGGAGAUCAAGCUUGCGGACGCGGCGCUAAGGAAACCGGAUGCUGUUCGGUGGAACAGUACGCUCCGGCGAUAUGGACUCGGUUCGAGCAAAAGUGGGGACGGAGACGAUGUUGAUGAAGAAGACGAUGCGCCGAGGGAAGGAUCCACAGUGUCGGAGGAGAAGGCUAGCUUACCCACGAAGGGCAAUCCCGUCAACGUUGCCGUGUAUGGGCAAAUAUGCCUCGCUGCCAAGAGCUACCAGAGUGCCCUAUUCUAUCUCUUGCAUGCCUAUGACUACUGCCCGGACGAUCCUCUGAUAUGCCUCUGUUUGGCCAUUGCAUCGUUUGGACGUGCAAUGCAGCGUCAGGCCGACAACAGGAACCAUCUCAUCACUCAGGGCAUGGCAUUUUUGUCUCGUUAUCGGACCAUUCGCGGAGCUAAAUCAGAAGACGUCGAUGAGGUAGAGUUCAACUUCGGCCGUGCCUUCCAACAGCUCGGGCUACAUUCUUUAGCCGUACGGCAUUACGAGCGAGUUUUGACGUCUGCAGAGAAAAACUUCCCUGAAGAUGGCCAGGAAUGCGGAUUGGCGCGUGAAGCGGCGUACAAUUUGUCGCUGAUUUAUGUGACAACUGGUGCCACGCCGCUAGCGGAAAAGUUGUACCGACGAUGGCUUUCGGUCUAA